GGUCUUGGCGCGCAUGCGCAGUCGCAUGGAGGCAGGGCCUGAGGUGAUGGAGUCUCGUAGCUGAGGAGGAAAGUUGAAGGCCAUGGCGGGCCCGGGCGUCUUCCUUCAGGCCGCGCAAGAGUUCGAAAGCAGCGAGGAAGACGAGGAGAACAGCCCUAGAUCUGAGAAGGUGGCGCAGGAGCAGAAGGACAACGAAGAGGAGCCCCCUAUGUCCCCCUCUGUCCUGCCUGGAGGUGCCCCUCUGAUUCCUGCCACCUCACAAGUGUCUCUGGCGGUGGAGGACAUGCGGCACCUGAUGAAGGAGUGCGGCCUAGGCCUGGAAUCUGUGACACAGGCCUUGCUGAAGAACAGCGGGGAGGUGGGGGCAGCGGCCUGCUGUUUGAGGACGGGGCGGCGCCCGGAUGGAGCCCCCCUGUGGAGCCGGCAGGAUGAUCAGGACCUGCUGCAGGGGGAGCAGGAUCUACGGCGGAGGCUGGAACAGAAGUUCGGGGCAGAGAACGUGGCCAAGCGGGAAGCUUUCCGGAAGAGCUAGCGCCACAGACAGGGCCCUCGCUCGGAGAAGGAGGACCCAGAGCAACCAGCCUACCUUUCUAUGGUCCUUUUCCUGGCCUCGUUUGUGCAGCAAGUCCCUUUGUCCUUUCCAAGAGGUGCCUCUAGAUCAAGCCUGGGCCAACUUGGUCCCUCCCUCCAGGUUUUGGACUUCAACUCCCACAAUUCCUAACAGCCUCAGACCCUUUCCUUUUCUUUUUCCCUCUCCUUUUCUGCUUAAACAGCUGAGAGGGGAAAGGAAGCUGCCUGAGGCUGUUAGGAAUUGUGAGAGUUGAAGUCCAAAACCCAAGUUUUGGAAACCCUUCUAUGUAACCUCUGCUGUAGCUUUGUUUCUUAGUUUGUCAUUGACUGACAGUGUUCCUGAGGCUGCCUUUUGUGCGUCUGGUGCUCUGGCAUCGCACAAGGCCUCCCUCUGCUGCCUGGACCUAGCAAGGCCCUGUCUGCCUUCCGCCUGUUUGCGGCUCAUCUUCACAAGGCUUCUCUGACUGCGGCAGCAUUCCUCUCUCUCUGCCUUGUGGAAUUUGCCAGACUUCCCUUGUAAUUAAACAUUAACUCGAAAGAGCCCAGUGGGCUUCUCAAAGCAGAAGGGUUUAUGAUGGCACUUGAGCCGCCCCGAAGCAGAAUAAUGCACAAAGCCUUUCAUUCUUGCAAUCAGGCGUCUGUGUGUGCCUGGCGAAGGAUGGGGGUCAGGAAUUGUGAUAACUGCAUGGCUCUUUCAAUAGUUUCAGGUGACAACAGAGGCCUCCUUACGUUGGUGAACUGGUUGGCUGGCUUUGUCCCUGUUCAAGCCACCAGAGAGAGCGGCUUGAACAGGUACAGAGCCAAAGAGCGGCGCCUCUUGGUUGAUGGUAGGCCUUUUAGGGAGCCAAACUGAGGAUCCCCCCCCCCCCCCAUCCCUGUCUUCAGAUUCCAAACAUUCCCCUGUUUCUGGUGCAGAGCGCCCUGUCAAAACCCUGCCCAUAUCCUGUCCUGUUCUGCAGGAAGCGUAAGCAAAACACAAUGGCUCAGGAGAACUUCUAAUUUUCUGAUUUAUUUGCUUUAAACAUUUCUUUCUUGAAAAGAAAAAAAGAGUUUCAGAAUUAUUUGCAAUAAAAUAAUCCUUUUAAUAAAGCUGUCUGUAUCCAUUGUACAUUAAUAAACAAAUUUCCUCCUCCCCGC